CUCCCCCGCGCCCCCGCCCCCUCGGCCGCUGUGCUCUCUGGCGUGACUCGGCACUGCGAUCCCCGGGAGAAACGCCGCGGCCGCCGUCUCCUCGGUACAGGCCUCGGCUUUCCUCAGCCUCCCCGCUGCCUCUUCUGGGUCGUCUUCUCCUUCAGUUUCGAAGCCGGUGGCGUCGCGGCCGCCCUGCCGGGCUCUGUAAGAAUGGUGGGGGUGAAGCCGGUCGGGAGCGACCCGGAUUUCCAGCCGGAGCUGAGCGGCGCGGGCUCCAGACUCGCCGUGGUCAAGUUCACCAUGCGAGGGUGUGGACCAUGUUUGAGGAUUGCCCCAGCAUUCAGUUCUAUGAGUAAUAAGUAUCCACAGGCAGUUUUCUUGGAAGUAGAUGUACAUCAGUGUCAGGGAACAGCUGCUACCAACAAUAUAUCAGCAACACCAACAUUUUUGUUUUUUCGAAACAAAGUGAGAAUUGAUCAGUAUCAAGGAGCAGAUGCUGUGGGAUUAGAAGAAAAAAUCAAGCAGCACUUAGAAAAUGACCCUGGAAGCAAUGAGGACACAGAUAUUCCAAAAGGCUAUAUGGAUUUGAUGCCUUUUAUUAACAAAGCUGGCUGUGAGUGUCUUAAUGAAAGCGAUGAGCAUGGAUUUGACAAUUGUUUACGAAAAGACCUGACCUUCUUAGAAUCUGAUUGUGAUGAACAGCUACUUAUUACUGUAGCAUUCAAUCAACCUGUUAAGCUUUAUUCAAUGAAAUUUCAAGGGCCAGAUAAUGGUCAGGGUCCUAAAUACGUAAAAAUUUUUAUCAAUCUACCUCGAUCUAUGGAUUUUGAAGAGGCAGAAAGAAGUGAACCAACUCAAGCUCUGGAACUAACAGAGGAUGAUAUUAAAGAAGAUGGCAUUGUCCCACUUCGUUAUGUUAAGUUUCAGAAUGUUAACAGUGUAACUAUAUUUGUUCAGUCCAAUCAAGGUGAAGAAGAAACAACAAGAAUUUCAUAUUUUACUUUUAUUGGUACUCCAGUCCAGGCAACAAAUAUGAAUGACUUCAAACGAGUAGUUGGCAAAAAAGGUGAAAGCCACUAAGGUACAAAAGACACUGGAAGACCAUGUUGCAAUCAGAUCUACAGCUCCUGGAUAAUUGCUUGAUUCUCGCCAGAGACUGUCAAUAUUCCAUUCAUUGCCAUUACCAAUAAAUCAUUGCUUUUGUUCAGAUGAUAUCACUAGUGUUUCUAUUGUAAUCUUGAUACAUGCAAUUGUAAAUAAAAGUCACUACUUUUGCCAAGCUCAA